AUGGCGUUUCAAAUGUACGAUUUAAAGAAAUCCUACUAUAUGGUCCUUGCUAUAAUUGGUUUGCUUGGUAACUUGCUGGCAAUUAUGAUAUUCUCUCGUGGAAAUUGUGGCGUCUCAAAGUGCACUACUCGCUACCUUGUGGCUAUGGCAAUCGCAGAUCUCCUGGUCAUUAUCUUUGAAGUCAUAUUGAAAAAGGUUAUUUAUUAUUAUGAAGCUCCAGUGUUUUUCCUGGACAUCACUCCUGCGUGUAGUGCUCAUGAUGCUUUGUGUGAUGCAGUCAUAGAUUGUUCUGUCUGGUUCACCAUCGCUUUCUCUUUUGAUCGAUUUGUAGCUGUUUGUUGUCCUAAUCUCAGAACACGAUUUUGCAAAGAGAAAACUGCAGCUGUCAUGCUUUCAACAACUUGCAUUCUGCUCUGUUUGAAAAGCACUCCCAUCUACUUUAUUUAUGAGCCUGUGAAGAUAGUGGACAAUGUACCAUGGUUUUGUUAUGUAAAACCGAACUUUUAUUCUGAUUCUGGAUGGGUGAGCUAUGAAUGCUUUGCUAAAGCUUUAACUCCACUGCUCCCCUUUGCUCUAAUUCUGUUGAUCAACACUUUGACUGUAAGACACAUUUUAGCAUCUAGCCGAGUUCGUAAGGAACUGAAAACCCACAGUAAUGGAGAGAAAAAUAGUGACCCAGAGAUGGAAAGCAGGAGGAAAUCCGUCAUUUUACUUUUCGCCAUAUCUGGAAGUUUUAUAUUUUUGUGGUUGAUGUUUAUCAUAAACUUCUUACGUUACACUUUUAAAGGAACAUUUUACACAGAGUCCGAGUUGAUAUUUCAAGAUUUCGGAUUCAUGUUUCGGAAUUUUAGUUGCUGCACAAACACAUUUAUUUAUGCAGCAGCUCAGUCCAAGUUCAGAGAGAAAAUCAAGAACGCUUUGAAAUCUCUGGUUUCAUAA